AUGCCCUGGCCUCCAAUAAUACUGUCUAGUCCCUAUGGCUCUGACCGGCUAGUGCGCCUGGCAGCCAGACUCCGACCAGCACUAUGCGACACCCUGAUCACGGUGGAGAGCCAAGAGUUCCCUGCCCACAGCCUGGUGCUUGCGGGUGUGAGCCAGCAGCUGGGCCGCAGGGGCCACUGGGCUCUGGUGAAAGGCAUCAGCCCUUCCACCUUUGCCCAGGUGCUCCACUUUGUUUAUGGGGAGAGUGUCGAGCUGCAGCCAGGGGAACUGGAGUCCCUCGAGGAGGCAGCCAGGGUCUUGGAAGUUCCGUCCCUGGAAGAAGAAUGCAGGAGGGCUCGAAGGGACCAGGCUAGAGAAGAAAUGGGUCCUGGGAUGAAGGUAGUAUAUCAGGGGGAGCCAGAAAAACUUGCACAGAAUUCUGAGAGCGGACCAGGGGGUCUUGAAGGGGGUCUUGAAGAGAAAACAAGAUCAACGAAGUUUGUUGGCAUUGGUGGGAGAGAGCAGGAGACACAGCGGGAGCACGUGCCAGCAGGAGAGAGCCCAGAGCCGGCAGCGGCAACGCAGGCGGGUAAGGGAGAGCAAGUGACAUCAGAGACGCUCAACUGGCCCUCCUUAGGCCACAGGGAGGCAGAUGGGAAGCCAGAAGCUAUCAUGUGGAGGAGGGAAAAUGCAGGAGGUACUGAGGAAAGUCUUGGGGAGUUCCCUGGCCCCCUGCCCCCACCAGGUUCCAUUCAAACCAUUAGCACCCCUAGGCCCUGGCGAGGGGAAGCCCCGUGGCUGGGGGAGGGCCAGCCUGCCCUGUGGAGCAUCCUACUGUUGCCACCCAGAUGUGGCAAUCCCUUCUCCUCUAGCACCCCCAUCACUGGAGCCUGGCAGUUCUGGCCUUGGGACCAGAGGAUCCCACCUCCCCAGCAUCCCCACAAAGGGUUCUGGGGCCAGAACCAGUUGGCCUCUUCCAGCCCCACCCCAGGUUCCCUCCCCCAGGGCCCCACCCAGCUCAGCCUUGGGGAGAUGGAUGAGUGUGAUCGGAGGCGCAGAGAAGUUUUUGCGACCUGUGUGGGUCAUGUGGGCACAGCAGGCCACCCGUCUCGCCAACAGCCUCUCUUGCCCCCUCGUACUACAUCCCGGCCCUAUUCUUGUUCUGUCUGUGGCAAGCGAUUUUCACUCAAGCAUCAGAUGGAGACACACUACCGCGUCCACACAGGAGAGAAGCCUUUUUCCUGUAGCCUCUGUCCCCAACGCUCCCGGGACUUCUCGGCCAUGACCAAGCACCUGCGGACGCACGGGGCUGCACCCUACCGCUGCCCUCUGUGCCAGGCCGGCUGCCCCAGCCUGGCCUCCAUGCAGGCGCACAUGCGCGGCCACUCGCCCAGCCAGCUCCCGCCCGGAUGGACCAUCCGCUCCACCUUCCUCUACUCCUCCUCCAGACCGGCCAGGGCCUCGCCUUCUCCCUGUAGCGCCCCUUCCUCCACCACCUGACGGGCGAUCGGGAGCUUCCCGGGCCACAGCCAAGAGUAGGAUUGCAAAAGGAAGGACAGUCCGCGGCUCGGGCCGCGCGCGCCUGCCGCCGCCGAGCCGUCCGGCUCCCAGAAGCGCCGCCCCGAGUCCUCUCCCAGAUGACCGCGGGCCGCAGACGCCCCGCAGGGAGCCUGGAGCGGGAGGCAGG